AUGGGUGUCGUCAAGAAGAAAAGGUCACAUCAUGCAAAGACUUCGCGCCAGCAGUACUACACCGGCGCUCAGGUCGGUGGACUCGGCAGCAUGGGCGCGGUAAACAACAAUAUCCCGUCGUUGAUGAGCUUCGCGGAGGAAAACAACUACCAAUACGGGUACGGCGGUUCUGGUGCGAGCAUGAGUGGUAGGACACUGACUUACGCGCAGCAGCAGCUGAACAAGCAAAGACAGGACUUCGAACGCGUGCGACUUAGACCGGAACAGCUCAGCAAUAUCAUACACGACGAGAGCGACACGAUAUCGUUUCGCUCGAACCUCCUCAAGAACUUCAUAAGCUCGAACGAUGCGUUCAACAUGCUGAGUUUGACGACCGUACCGUGCGACAGGAUCGGGAAGUCCAGGGUGUUCAGCGAACAUACGAUGAGAUAUCUCAGGCAGAAACAACUCGAUCUGAAAGCGCAAACAGCCGAGCAGCCAGAACAAAAGCCGCCGACGCCGCUCAAGUACACAGAUCUUAUUAUAGCUGCGGAGAACGGAUCCCGCAGUACGAAGGACCUGAUAGACGCCGUCUUCGACCAAGGCGGCGGCCGGCUGAGGCAUCAGCCGGACGACGUGGUCGUCCGGCGUGAUGAGGCCAUGCUGGUGGACAAGCUCCGCGGCGAUCCUCGGGAGGCGCCCGCAGACUAUUGGACACAUACCUACAAGGAAGUUCUGGCGCAAUACCACGAAGCCAGGCUGCGGAUCAGUCAAAAGGAGGCAACUGCAAGCGAAGGGCCGGACGAAGCGUGCUUGCAAGGGGGGCAGCAGCAGCAGCAGCAGGAUUUGCAGCGACAGCAACAAGUGGCGGCAGCAGUUCCCCCGCAAAAUCCCCAUGUAGCCGCAACGGAAAAGGAGUCUGUGCCUGCCGUGGAGGACGACGCGCUGGAGAACAUGUUCGGAGAUUACUCCAACGAGCCGUUCAGCACUAAUUUCGACGACGAGUUUGGGGAUCUUGACGCUGUGUUUUUCUGA